CUGCACGAAAAGCGCAUAUGCCAUAAACUAGAGCGAAAAGAAGGCUCUGAAGUUGUAGAAUGUAGCUGCUGGUGUCGUAAUUAGGUAUGUCGGAUCAGCCCAGUUUGUCGUCCGCUUUGAAACGUCUCGAUUUAGUUCCUAGGGCAGUGUCAUAGGUUUAAUAGACGUCACUAAUAUGAUCGACCUACUGCAACGGGAGGGCCGUCGUGGGCUAGGGAGCAAGUGAUAAAUAUAUAUAUGUCUCAAAAUAGCUAUCCUAGGGAUAUAUCGACAACUUUGAGCAUUCCUUUCAAUAUUCCUAGGCAUUCCAUUGCCUCUUAAUCAGUAAUUCCACACAUACUUCUCCUUGAGGCAACACACAAGAUCCCAAGAAACCAUGAUUCCCUCUCAAACUCACCUCCGGGCAUCCGUCCUAACAAUAUUAUCGUCCCUAACCCCCCAAGCAGCCGCCGCAACCCCCGACUGCCACUGCUACCUCACCGACGGGUCGUCAUCCGAGUACUUCGCGAACCAAAAGUUCUUCGACUUCCGCAACAUAGCGGACCCGCGAGUCCCGCCGCCCAUCGACGACCGGGACGGCUCUACCAACGCCCCGGUAACCAACGCCUACUUCAGCAGCACCGACUUCACCAACACGUGGUCGAUACAGACAUGGAUCGACUCGCGCGCCGUCUACAACACCUACUCCAAGAACGACGUCUACAUCGAGAGCAACACGGACGCCGACCCGGCCUCCCGCACGUACCUCACCCUGCGCACGUACCGCCACCCCGCCGGCAACUUCCAGUCCUCGGCCGAGAUCCAGUCCGUCUCGGCCAACUACCAAUACCUGUCGAUGCGCAUGUACUCGCGGACGCGCGGGGCCGCCGGCGGCGUAACAGCCAUGUUCACGUACCGGGCCGGGGCGGCCGAGGCCGACGUGCAGGAAGCCGACGUCGAGAUGCUGACUUCGGACGCGACCAACCAGAUGCACUACACGAACCAGCCGACCAUCGUAGACGGCGUCGCGCGGCCCAACGCCACGCACCAGAUCACGAUCCCGGACGCGUGGACCUCGUGGCGCACGCACCGCUACGACUGGACCCCCGGCUCCAGCAGCUGGUACGUCGACGGCGAGCUCGUCGACACGAACCAGUUCCAAGCGCCGGUCGACCCCGCCACGAUCCUGUUUAACGCCUGGUCCAACGGCGACAAGUGGAGCGGCACCAUGGCUUCGGGACAGAGCGCUCAGUUGCAAAUCCAAUGGAUCGAAAUCAUAUAUAAUAGUACUGCCGAGCCCUCGCCGUACCCCCAUUGCGCCAACGUGUGCAGUUUCGAUCGUGGCACGGAGCCGGGUGUGUCGUUGGUCAUCAGCUCUAGUCCGUAGAGCCUGAUUGAUUGAAGAAAUCCGUCACCGUCACCGUCACCGUCACCUUCUCCUUCUUUUCUUCAGUUCAAACCUAGAGGCGUAUAUCAGCGAUUUCAUAUAAGAUAAUGUAAGGCAACAAGCGUAUAUUCGGAUCGUAUAUUCGGAUAGCAUAAUUAUUAGAACCCCCUUUUGUAUAUAAUUCAGCACCAGAUAUUUUGAAUGAACCUGCGCCAAGUACAUACUUCGAUGUUAUAAACAGAUUUACAACAAGCUCGAUAUAUGCUGUUAGUGACUAAACU